UGUUUGGGAUUUUGCAGUCAAAGUAGUAACGCUGUCGCCUCGUGAUCGAAUACCAAAGUCCUUCGUGUGAUCGAAACACCUCCUGCCCUACCUGAGGCGCACGUGGGUGUUAGGGAAUGCCUGCAUGCGCAGUUGGCAGCAGCUCUUCGGGAGUUCCUGUAAGGCAGGGUUGGGUCAGACCUACAGCCACGCUUUAGGGUGUGCCAGCGGCAUCAGGCUCACGUCCUUCAGAAAUUAAGGUCCCCAGAUACACGAUCUGGCUCCGGCGUGAACUGUUCGGUAGCUGAAUGGGGCUAAAGAAUCGCUUGUUGGCCACCUCGGUAGCAUUUAGGCACCUCCUUUCAUAUGCGCAAUAAAAAUGGCAGAAACGCCUCCUGACGCUUCUGAGAAACUGGUUGUCAUCCACUCCAAAGCUCACAAAGAUACCAUUCUAGCUAAUUUUGAAGAACAAAGGAAAAAGGAUUUUCUUUGUGACAUUACCCUAAUAGUGGAGAAUGUGCAGUUCAGAGCCCAUAAAGCUUUGCUUGCUGCCAGCAGUGAAUACUUCUCAAUGAUGUUUGUAGAUGAGGGUGAAAUAGGGCAGUCAAUUUACAUGUUGGAGGGAAUGGUUGCGGACACGUUUGGAGCACUGCUAGAAUUUAUCUACACCGGUUGCCUCCGCGCCAGUGAAAAAAGCACCGAACAAAUUCUGGCUACCGCGCAGCUGCUGAAAGUGAAUGACUUGGUAUGGGCCUGUACAGACUAUCAGGCCAGCCGUAGCCCGAGUAAUGCGUUACCAGCUCCGGCUAACAGUGGAGCCUCUGUAGCCGUUGCUGCAAGCGACAAGAAAAAUGAAGAGCCACCAAAGCGAAAACGAGGGCGACCGAGGAAAGUCAAGAAUGCCCAAGAAGAAAAAUCGGCUGCAAAUUCUGCCGAAGAUGUGCAGCUGAGAGAGAACAACUCCAUGCAAAAUAAGCAAAAUUUUAUGAAAAAAGACGCCGCAGAAGAAGAAACAGUUGUCAGCGAACAGGCUCCAGCAAGGAAAGAUGCAGAAGAAACUGAACCUGCUUGUGGCUCAGAAGCUGCUGUCGAUCUGUCAGCUGAAAAAGAUGAGAAUUAUGAUCCCAAAUCUGAAGGAAUACAGAGCACUCAGAGCCGUUACAGCAAACGCAGAAUAAGGAGAUCAAUCAAACUGAAAGAUUAUAAACUUCUCGGUGAUGAGGAUGAAAAAGGACUGGCAAAGAGAACUGAUGGAAAAAGAAAACGUGCAGGUUCUGAAGCUCGCUGUAAAGACUGUGGCAAAGUAUUUAAAUAUAAUCACUUCCUAGCUAUUCAUCAGCGGAGUCAUACAGGGGAGCGCCCUUUUAAGUGCAGUGAGUGUGGCAAAGGCUUUUCCCAGAAGCAUUCUCUUCAAGUCCAUGAGCGGAUGCACACUGGAGAACGGCCAUACACGUGCACCGUCUGCAGUAAGGCUCUGACGACAAAGCAUUCUCUUCUGGAGCAUAUGAGCCUACAUACAGGGGCAGAAGGUUUUACAUGCGAUCAGUGUGGGAAAUACUUCAGCCAAAAGAGACAGCUCAAGAGCCACUAUCGAGUACACACAGGCCAUUCACUGCCGGAAUGUAACCAGUGUCGUCGCAAAUUCAUGGAUGCAGCUCAGUUAAAGAAACACCUAAGAACGCAUACAGGUGAGAAGCCCUUCACUUGUGAAAUUUGUGGCAAAUCAUUUACAGCUAAAAGUUCUCUUCAGACUCACAUUAGAAUUCACAGAGGAGAAAAGCCAUAUUCUUGUGGUAUAUGUGGAAAAUCCUUCUCUGAUUCCAGUGCUAAGAGAAGACACUGUAUCUUACACACAGGCAAAAAGCCUUUCUCUUGCCCAGAAUGUAGUUUGCAGUUUGCUCGUCUGGACAACCUGAAGUCUCAUUUGAAAAUUCAUAGCAAGGAAAAGCAGUUUCAGGAAGCCAGCGCUGCUCCAAGCACCAACACUAACUCAGAAGUGAGAAACAUUCUUCAGCUGCAGCAGUAUCAACUUGCCACCUCUGGAGGGCAGGAAAUUCAACUACUGGUUACAGAUGCAGUACAUAAUAUAAACUUCAUGCCUAGUCAUAAUCAAGGCAUUAGUAUUGUUACUGCAGAAAACGCCCCAAAUAUGACAACAGAGCAGGCUGCUAACCUCACGCUGCUUGCUCAGCCUCCACAGCAGUUGCAAAACUUGUUGCUUUCAGCUCAGCAGGAGCAAGCGGAACAAAUCCAAAGUAUCAAUAUGAUUGCAAACCAAAUAGAGACUGCCCAACCUGAACAAAUGCAUGUCAUCACUCUUUCCAAGGAAGCACUAGAACAUCUCCAUGCUCAUCAAGGACAAAAUGAAGAAAUCCACUUAGCAGGAUCUUCGCAUCCAGCUCAGCACAUGCAGUUGUCCCAGGAAUCAAGUCGACAGUCUCACUCUAGCCAAGAUACGGUUCCUUCCCAUCAAAUCGGUGAAGAACGGAAUCAAAGCGUACAUGUUUCUGAGUCCCAUCAGCAGUCUCUGUCAGUAAAUGAGUCAUCUCAUGAGCAUCCUAUUCAAGGACAGGCUUUCUGAAAUGCUUAUUUGUCAUCAGAGGGCUAGGCUAUAGCAUGCUUCUCAUCCAGGCAGUGAUUACACGUAUCGCACUUUCUUUUCUGCAGCAUAAUCUGUCGGAAAAUGCAUUUCUUGGUGAUUUUUGAUGGGUGGCUUUCAGUUUUCUUAACCUUAUUUAUUUUGGACUCUUUUAUUUUUCCAGAUUGGUAUUUCUCUACCACUUAGUCCAUACCUCACAAGCGAUUAAUGUGGUUUUUUGUGCCUCAUACACAUGCAUGCCUACUGUGGAGAUAUUUGGGCCCUUAUUUGCAUUUCUGAGUGAGUCUCCAGAGAAGUGUACCUUGCUGGUAGAAGAACAGUGUUUAAGAUGUCUGCUGAUCAGAAAGUAUGACUUCUCUGAUGAAGUCAACGUUACCUGAACUACUGUCAAGCUUAAGAUAACCGAUACUUUUUGCAAAGCUAACACCAUGUGUCUUACGUUUAAUGAGCUUGCUUUCUGCAGGUUAAUGUAAAAUUUUCUAUGUGAUCGUUCCCUUAAGUGCAUUUUGAUUUAUUGACUACCAGAUAUGUUUGGUUUGGGUUGAAACUGUUGCAGCCUUUGACUGGCCCUGGAUCGCCCCUUCUAUUUACUGUAUGCUGUACAAGUUUUGCUCCUCAGAAAGGCUUUAGCCGUUGCACUUGAAUAGUGGCAAUGAGAUGCGGUGGUUACACUGGACAACAGGAAAGCCCAAAUUCUGCUCUGUUAGUUCUACCGCUCACUCUCUGUGUGACCGUGAGCAAGGUAGUUGACCUCUGUGCCUUAGUUUCAUCAUCUAGUAAGUGGGGAUAGCGUUCACGCGGUCUGCCAAGCACUUUGAAGAGCUCUUGAUGUUGAAGGCACUGUCUAUUGAAGUGCAAAAGUCUCUUCCUGACAGGACUCAGUCUAAGCUUAGGAGCCAGUGUAUAUUUAAACUGUUAUUUUUUUUGUACUUUUGAGAGCAGAAUGUAAUGGUACUUUUAAUAUAUGUAAAAGCUGGUAAUUGUUUUUGUGGGGACUUGAACAAUGACUAGAAUCAUUUCAGAGCAUAAUGAGCUGUAUAAAUGGGGCAUAUCGUGUUGAAGUUGUACAGCUGUUUUCGCUGACUAGAUUAGAUGUGUACAGAUUGUUUUCAAUGACUGACUGACUGACUGCUAACACAAAAGAUUCGACAUCUUAAUAAAAUGCCAUGCCAG